GUCCCAUCGUCACGCGCCUUCACAGACACUGUCUCCGGCCCCUCGCAGCGCUGCAGAAGCGUGCUCCAUUAUUGGUGCCCAGCGCCAUUGCUCCUCUUCCUCCGCCACCAAACACCAACCAUUCAGCUGCUUCUUCUCUUUAGCCAACCUAUCUUCUUCACCAGAGAUCAGAUCCAGAGUCAAGGCGGCGAAGGGGAGAGAUGGCGGGGGUGGGCGUUGGGACCGGGGCGAUGAACUCCCUCCUCGGCAAGCUCACCGCCUUGCUCAGCAACGAGUACAAUCUUCUCAAGCGGGUUCGUAAGGAGAUCCAGUUCCUUGAGCGCGAGCUCAGCGGCAUGCGAGUCUUGCUGGAGAGACUAGCGGACAUGGAGGAGAAACUCGAUGGCCUGGCAAAGGGCUGGAGAGACAGGGUGCGCGAUCUUAGCUACGACAUGGAAGACUGCAUCGACCGCUUCAUGGACCGCCUUGGAAGCGGAGAUGCCAAACCAAAGUUCAUGAAGAGGACGGCGCGCCGGCUCAAGACUCUGUGGGCGCGCCAUGACAUCGCGACUCAGAUCAAAGAGCUUAAAGCUCGCGUCAUGGAGGAAAGCGAGCGCCGUGACAGGUACAAGCUUGAUGAGAGUUACUACAGUGCAACGAGGACGGUGGAGAUAGACCCGCGGAUGACUGCCAUCCACGAGGAGGUCAAGGGCUUGGUGGCAAUGGACGGCCCAAUGAAGCACGUCAUUGCCUUGCUGAUGGAUGAGAGUAAGGAGUUGAAAGUGGUGCCGAUUGUCGGAUCAGGAGGGUUGGGGAAGACAACCCUGGCCAUGGAAGUCUAUCGCAAGCUUGGAUCAGGAGGGGACUUCCAGUGCCAAGCUUGUGUGUCAGUGUCGCGCACACUUGAUCUAGUGAAGCUCCUGAAAGAUAUCUUGUCUCAGAUCAAUAAAGAUGCAUACAAAGAGUGUCAGAGUUGGGAAAAGGAACAACUAAUCCGUGAAAUCAAACAUAUCUUGACAGGAAAGAGGUACUUCAUUGUUAUUGAUGACGUAUGGAAAGAACAAGAUUGGAAAUUGGUCAAAACAGCAUUUCCUGAGAAUAAUAAUGGCAGCAGAAUAAUUGCUACUACACGCAUUACAGGUGUAGCUAAUCUAUGUUGUUCUGUCUCGGAUGAGCAAACCUAUCAAAUGGCACCUCUAGAUGAUGUUGAUUCUAGAAGACUAUUCUUUAAGAGAAUUUUCAGCUCAGUUGAUUCAUGUCCUUCUGAACUGGAAGAAGUUUCUGCUAGGAUUUUAAAAAAAUGUGGCGGACUGCCACUGGCUAUAAUUACAUUUGCAUGUUUGCUUGCCAGUAAGACACAUAACAAGGAUGAAUGGGAGAGACUGCAAGAUUCCAUUGGUACUGGUUCUUCGUUUGAUAAAGAUGGGAACUUAAAAGGGAUGAAAGAUAUAUUGUUACAUAGUUACCUGGAUCUUCCCCACCACCUGAAGACUUGUUUACUGUACUUGUGCUUAUAUCCAGAGGACUCCAUGAUCGAUAUUAAACUGUUGAAAUGGAAAUGGAUAGCAGAAGGAUUCAUUGCUACACAAUGGGGAAGUUUGGAUCAAGUAGCACAGAACUGUUUUAAUGAACUCGUUAAUAGAAAUAUGAUUCAGCCAGUUUAUGGUAAUUAUGACAGUUCGGUGAGAUAUUGUAGGGUCCAUGAUAUGGUGCUUGACCUUAUUAUAUCUUUAUCGGACGAAGAGAAUUUUGCCACUGUCUUAAAUGGGCGCAUAUGCAAUUUUUUCCCAAAUAAGAUACGUCGUCUGUCCAUGCAAUCUAGUGGCAAAGAGCAUAAAGGGGCAGUUGGGGCAAUUACAGAGACCAAGAUACAUAUUCGCUCAUUGACUGUGUUUGAGUCAGAUAAGCCGAUAGUACCCCAUUUUGUGGACUUCCAUGCUUUGCGGGUGUUGGAUCUUUUUGGAUGUGAUUCGUUGGAAAACAAGCAUGUAAAACACAUAGGAAGUUCACGUCAGUUGAGGUAUUUGCGAAUUAGCAGUUAUAAAAUUACCGAGCUUCCUAGUGGAAUCGGAAAGCUGCAGCACUUGGAAACACUCGAUUUGAGAGAAUGUUAUUCACUUCAUAGACUGCCAUCAACCGUGGCGCAGUUGCAGAAAUUGGUGCGCCUAUUUGUCAGCGGGUACACACAAUUACCUGCAGGUGGGUUUCGGAGUCUGCAGGCCUUGGAGGAGUUACGUUUCGAGGAAACCGACGAUCCUGUGAGAUUUGCGGAGGAACUAAAUGAGUUGGGCAAAUGCAACCUUCGUACUGGUGGAGAGACAGCCAAGCGUCUGUUCUGUAACCCAUGCAGCACCUACCCGUGCCUCCAAGUUCUUAAAAUUCAGUCAGCUAUUGGAAUGGUUCCCAGAGGAAUGGCCUCCCUCGAGAAUCUCAUGAAACUAUGCAUAAAGGUCACGGAAUUUGAUAAGGAGGAUCUCCAAGUUCUCAUGGGCAUGCCUUCUCUGGCCCAUCUGGAGCUUGAGAUAACAAGAGAGGCCAUUAAUGGAAAGCUGAUCAUCGGUAGUGAUGGAUUCAAACUGCUAAAGGUCUUCCACUUCCGCUAUUCACUCUUCCGUCAUCCUGUUGAAGUGAAACCAACGGGUGGACUGCGGCUAACAUUUGCACCAGGUGCUAUGCCAGCACUCCGUUGUCUCUGUCUUCACUUGAACCCAAUGUUUGUGGCGUCCGACUUUUGUGAAGACUUGGGUGUCGAGCAUCUUCCAGGCCUUGCACAGCUCGAGGUCGAAAUCACUUGUUUCAAAGCAGUUCCACGCAGGGUGAAGGCUCUGGAGUGUUCCAUUGAGAAAGCAACCAGCUUGCUCCCCAAGUGCAGAAUCCGUGUCAGCCGAGCCUUUGAAGGUCACAUGUUUAAGGAUGACAAGGAAUGGGAAGAGGUCGUCGCAAAAGUAUCUCGGGCGAAGAAAGGAGACCAGAAGAAUGAGAGAGUGAUCACCAAGAACUAGGCACCUUAAUCCUGGUAACUCAAAUGAUCGUGAUUUUUACUCACUCAUCUUGAACAGCAGUUCGUGGAUCCAAGUCAAGUAAUGCAUCUGGAGAAUCCAGUCCUGCUAAUUACUGCAAAGUCUGCAACUCAACUGGCCGGCCAUCAGCAUUUGGUUCCAAAAGUGACUUUGUUGAGCGGAUCACAUGUAUUCAAGGUGAUUUAUCUCUAGUGUGAGCUAGUAAUUUUUUUCUUCCUAAAUCUGUCGCCAGCUGCCUCCCCCGUCUUGCUGGGUUGCUUGAGUUAGAACAGACAUUAGUAGUAGAUGUGUUUUUAAUUCGCUGUUGGGGAAGCUUGACUUGAGUAACACCCCUGAGUUCUAUUUACCUCUUGUGGUGGCAAAUUUAUGUUGUUGUUUGUGUACGAUAAUUGAAGUAAUCGUGGCUCUGCACUGGGACUGAACAUGCUACUCUUGUCAACUGAUCUGCCAUUUUCCAUAUGAUAUGAAUGCAGUCCCCUUGACUGACGCUGUAA